UGCAUCCUGACAGUUAGUCCAGGGUACCGCGCUAAACAACUCGAAUGGAAAAAACUGAAAACGUUAAAUUUAACACGCACCUUCGUCCUCAUUCUCUAUCUUCUAGCCAUCACCUUUGUCUUCACAGCAGCGGUCUUGGAGAAUGGUCUUCAAUUGUCCUCAGCACCCGCUUGCAGUUCCGCCAUUAUCAUUUGCCUGAUCUUCUACGUUAGCAGCAAAGGAACAAUGUAUGUGUUCUUGGUCGAACGGGCACACGUCAUGCGAGCACCGUACGUGCGGCGAGUUCAGGAUUGGAUCUGGCUCGGAGGAAUUCUCAUGAUCACGAUGGGGUUUGGAAGUAUUGCAAUAUGCGCUUUCACAUGGCCGAUCGCAGAGUUGUCCCCCGACGAUGGCCGGUGCCGGAUUGGACUUCCUCUGAAAGUGGCAAUACCACUUCUCUCCUUUGAUGUCAUCAUCAACUUAGCUCUUACUGGCAUCUUCAUCUAUCUCAUGAGGUCUUUGCUACAAUUCAGCGGCAUGCCUAACUCUACCGCCACUUUAAACUCGACUACACGAGGGCUCCGCCGUAUUCUACAUAGCGCAGGGCGGCAAACAAGCCCCAGUACGCGUCCAAGGUACCGGAACUCUCUGAAACCCAUCGAGGCUCUACUGCGCAGGACAUUAAUCGGAUCGGUUCUGGUCACGCUCUCAACGAUUGGGAACCACGCUUUGCUGUAUACCCUGAAAGGGCGAGAGUUGGCUUGGUUGUGCUUGACGAUGUGUAUUUUUGAUGGUAAGAUUUCUCACCUUUCCUCCUCCAUUGAUUGGUUUUCACUCUAACGGUAUCCUGCUUAAAAAAAAGAGACUGACUGAAAAAGUGACGUGGGGGGUAUGCAUCAUACACUGGCUCACGAAUGGGUCCACUGGGGCUGAUGACAGUGCUUUGACAAUGUUAGUUGAGCCGGACUCUGCCAGCACCAGCUCUUCCAGGCCCACGAUCUCAUUAUGAUGAUGUUGACUCUUGUUUCAAGACUAAUGCGCAACCU